AUGUCGAUCCGCAAUGUCCAGGCAUCGCUGAUGAGCCUGUGCGCGUGGCUUCUGGUAGGGUUGUCGACGACGGCAGAAGCCGCCACUUUAGCCGACGCCCAAUUUUCGACUCGAUGUACUGAAAACGUCGAUUCUUCGGUGAGUGAGGAUGGCGCCACGGAAACAGAAAAGCCGCAAUUGGACGAUGUUUCUACUGAAGAAAAAUUUACCACAGAUGUAGACAUAGCAUCAGAUGAGCCAGACGUGCCUCAAGAUAAGGAUAUUGCGGAAACCCAAGUCCCAAGUACACUCCCUGAUGAGCCAGACGUGCCGGAAGAUGAGGAUGUUGCGGAAACCCAAGUCCCAAGUACACUCCCUGAUGAGCCAGACGUGCCUCAAGACGAGGAUGAUACGGAAACCGAAGUCCCAAGUACAUUCCCCGCGUAUCAGACGCCUUUAAAACCGAAGCAGCCCGAGUUCUACGUGGACGAUCCC